UGUUCGCGGGUCCCCAGGGAGCUGCGCGUCUGGUCCCCGCGCGGUUUCACCUUCCCGCGGGCGGCUCAAGUUCCCGGAUCCGCUUACGCCCGGCUCGGCUGUCGCCGGCCCGGGGCGGGAGGCGCAGGACGCGGCGGACCCCGCGCGCCAUGGACAGCGCUGCGCCCCGCGAGCCCGGGGCCACCGAGCCCCCCGCCCGCGCGCGCCCGCGCCUGGUGUUCCGCACGCAGCUGGCGCACGGCAGCCCCACGGGCAGGAUCGAGGGCUUCACCAACGUCCGCGAGCUCUAUGCCAAGAUCGCCGAGGCCUUCGGCAUUGCGCCCACAGAGAUCCUGUUCUGUACCCUCAAUAGUCACAAAGUGGACAUGCAGAAGUUGCUUGGGGGGCAGAUCGGACUGGAAGACUUCAUCUUUGCACACGUGCGUGGAGAGACCAAAGAGGUGGAGGUCACCAAAACAGAGGAUGCUCUAGGACUGACCAUCACGGACAACGGGGCCGGAUACGCCUUCAUCAAGAGAAUCAAGGAAGGCAGCAUCAUCAACAGGAUCGAGGCAGUGUGCGUGGGAGACAGCAUCGAGGCCAUCAACGACCACUCCAUUGUGGGCUGCCGGCACUACGAGGUGGCCAAAAUGCUGCGGGAGCUGCCCAAGUCGCAGCCCUUCACCCUGCGCCUGGUGCAGCCCCGAAGAGCCUUCGACAUGAUUGGCCAGAGAAAUAGAAGCAGCAAGUGUCCCGUGGAAGCCAAAGUGAGCAGCGGGAGAGAGACACUGCGCCUGCGCUCUGGGGGCGCUGCUACCGUGGAGGAAGCGCCCAACGACUUGGAGGUGGCGGCGGCGCGCAGGGUGGACGACCUGCUGGAGAGCUACAUGGGCAUCCGGGACCCCGAGCUGGGUAAGCGGCGCGGCAGCUGCAGUGGUGGAGACUGCCCGGAGCGCAGAGGGAGCCCAGGCCUUCGCGCGCGGCCUGGACGCCGUUCUGGGCGAGUUCGCCUUCCCGGACGAGUUCGUGGUAGAGGUGUGGGCAGCCAUCGGCGAGGCCCAGGACGCCUGUGGCUAGCAUGUGCGGGGAUCCGAAGCCCUGGGCCCAGCCCCCUGCCGCAACGCCGCUCCAGGACCCAGGACAGCCCUGAAACCCGGGCUGGUUCUAGAACCCGGCCCAGUUCUGGAACCCAGGCCCACCCCAAGACCCAACCUGGCUCUCGAACCAAACCCAGUUCUGUAACCCAGGUCAGGCCUGGGGCCCAGCUGGAACUCCAGCCAACGUCUGGAGCCCAGUUCAGGCCGGAGGCCCAGUCCAGCUCUAGAACUAAAACUGAGGCCUGGUCCAGCUCUAGAAUUGAGCACAGCUCUGUAACCCAGGCCUACCCCGAGGCCCAGGCCUACCCUGAGGUUCUGCCCACUUCUAGCACCCAGGUCAGCUCUGAGACCCAGCCAAGCUGUAGAACCCGAUCUAGUCCUGGGACACAGCCUGGUUCUAGAACCCACAGCAGUCCUGAGGCUCAGACCAGCUCCGGAACCAAGGGCAGCCCUGGGGCUGAGCCCUGUUCUAGAACCCACCCUGAAUUUGAAUUCGAGUCCAGCCCUAGAACCCAGGCUGGCUCCGAGGCCAGACCUAGUUCCAGAGCCCAGGGCGGUUCUGAAGACCACACCAGCCCAGAGACCAAACCCAGACCUAGAACCCAGGGCAACUCCCAGGUCAAAUUCUGUUCUGAAAUCAAGGCUGCUUCUAGAAUACAGACAGGCCCUGAGGGUGGGCCACGUUCUAGAACUCAGGCCCACCCAGAUAGGAAUCCUGGCUCUAGAGCCCAGCUGGGCCUGGGGUCUAACCCUGAUGCUGGAGCCCAGGUCCCCCGGCCAAGUCCUGCCCCACAGCCCCACUCCAGAACCCAGACAAAUGUUAAGACCCAACUGGGCUCAGAGCUCCAUCCCAACUCUGAAUCCCAGACCAGUUAUGAAACAGUCGCCACCACUGUAGCCUGGCCCUUUCUUAACGUUUGGAGCGACUCUGGAGGACCAGCUAGCUCGGGAGCCCAGGCAAGGUCCACCAAGCCACCAGCGGCUGUUGGAACCCAAGCCAGCUCCACUAGCCAGCCAUCUUCCCGACCGCUGCCCCAAGCAGGCAGCCAGAGCCGUGCUACAACAGAGUCCAGACUCAGACCCCAGCCCUGCUCCCCAGCCUUUGCCCCCAGCGCCUCCCAGCACCCUGCACCCCAGGCUGGCUCUAGUGGUGAGUCAGAGUCUGAGGAUCAACCAGCCGGUGGAAGCCAGCCUGCUGUGAGGGCCGGGCCCCACUCCCAAAUGGCCUCCAUCUCCCGUGGGAGGCCCGGCCCCAGGGUGCUGGGCGCCCAGCCCUCCUCAUCCAGAAGUCAUGCCGGCUCCAGGGCACUGUCUAACUCAGGGACCCAGACAGACUUCCACGCCUGGCCCAGCUCCGGAGCCCACGUGGGUGUGGCCAGCCAUGGAGGGUCUCAGCCUCGGCCACUGGCUGAGAAGGAGCCCAGCUCCAGAGCCCUGUCUAGUUCUGGGGGCAGAUCCGGAACAGAUGCAGGCUCCCGAAACCAGCAUCUGAGGACAGCUGGAGCCAACUGUGCCUCCCAGCUAGACGCAGGACAGAGGCUUGGCUCUGGAGCCCACUCGGUCUCUAGAACCCAGUUCCCUCCUCAGGUUCCAGCGUGCGCUGGAGCCCAGGCAGGUGCCGCAGAGGCCUCGGGCCCCAGAACCCAGCCAGGCCCUAGCCCUGGCGGUUCUGGAAGCCGGCCCUGCUUCGGAGCCCAUCUUCCCAGCUCUAAAGACAAACCCCGACCCCAGACCCCAGGCCUCGGGCCUAGAAUACAGCCUGAUCUCCCUGCCCAACCUCAGCCUCCAAGCCCACCACUCACAAGAGCCUCCACUCCUGCCCCAAGCAAGGUGGCUGGGCCUCAGCCUCAAGAUGGAAGCGGGGCCACAGCCUGCCCUGGGUCACAAACCCCCACCACUCCCCAGAAGCCAGCCCUUUCACCCAAGCCCCAGAUGGGACCCCAGAAGUCCUUGCGCCCCACCAUAUGCGUCCCUCCUAGCCUCUUCUCAGGGCCCCUCCCCCACCAGGGGUAGCCAGGCUGGAGUUGUCCCCUGGGCAAGAUGGUGGAACCGACACUUGGGUUUCAGGAGCCUGGCUGCGAACCUUGAGUAAGAGGAUCCGACCACAGAAGGGGGGGAGCUCCCUGGGGACCUUGGCAGUGAAUAAAGCCUCGA